UCUGUUCUACCUGCAAACUUGUUUGCCUUUAGGAAGGGUUUAGGUACUAUGGAAUGCCUCUCGACUUUCAUUGGUAACAUUUACCAUGCUUUUAAUAAUAAGGAAUUCCUUGUCGCCACAUUUGUGGACAUCCGCGGCGCCUUCGAUUCCGUGAACAUUCCUACCCUCAUUACCUAUCUUCUCUCAUUAAAUGUCCCCCCUAAGUUCUGUAAUGUUCUAUCUGCUCUCUUCAAUUUCAGAAAACUUGUUUUCUUCUCUCCCUUCAGAUCGUCAAACACUCGAUCCACUUUCACUGGCCUUCCACAAGGUAGCUGCCUCAGCCCAAUCCUAUUCAAUGUAUAUAUGAGUAUUGUUGAAAAGCAUCUCUCUCAGUCUGGUCAUAAAUGUCUUAUAUACGCUGAUGAUUUAGUAAUAUUCUCUUCUAAUAAACAUCUUAAUCUUGCUAUCGAUAGCCUCAACUCUGCCCUGAUAGAUCUGAAUGAUAUUCUAAUCAAAGUGUCUUUUGAUGUUGCCCCUGAAAAAUGCAAAUCGAUCAUUUUCACUCGUCGUAGAUAUUUAAACAACCUUAAUACAUAUCUCAACAACUAUGUUAUCCCUUUUGUUCCCAAUAUUACCUAUCUUGGCAUCACUCUCGACCCCAAAUUGCGCUGGAUUCCACAUAUUUCUACUCUCACAGCGUUUGUUUCUCGAUGGUCCAACUUCCUCCGAUCGGUAACUGGUACUUGGGGGGGCUCUCACCCUUCAAGUCUAUUAUCUAUAUAUUUGUCUAUUAUACGCUCCAAAAUUGAUUACGGAUGCUUUCUUUUCGGAUCGGCUUCCUUUUCUAAUUGGAAAAAAAUCAAUAAACUCCAAGCCUCAUGUAUCAGAACCAUUAUGGGUUACGUCAGUUCUACACCUUGCCCUGCUAUGGAAGUUGAAUCUACUUGCCCUCCAUUUAAUAUCAGAUGCCACUGGCUUGCCGGCAAAUUUCUCUUGAAAUCACUAUCCUAUAGCGAUCACCGUAUCUUUGACAUUUAUUACUCACUGUACCUUAAUUGGCGAUAUGUUCCUAAAUCUAUGCCCGUAUUAUCAAUUAUAGCACAUUCUAUCUCAAAUUUCCACCAAUAUAUUAUCAAUUCAACUAAACUCCCUCUUUACGAGCAAUCUUACGACUCUCUUAUCUUUUCCCCUCAGAUUCAUUCUGAUAAUAAAUUUUUAGAUCUAUCCUCCAAUGAUUUUAAAUCUAUGUCUUCUUCCUCGGUUAAUGCAGCCGUUUUGAAUUAUCUUAAUGAAAGUUUUUUAAACUUCAUCGCGAUUUAUACUGAUGGAUCAGUCUCCCCUCUCUCCGCUGGAUAUGCAUUCUAUAUUCCUGAUCUACAGCUCUCUUUUAACAAUAACCUUCCUCCUACGUCUUCUUCCUUUACAGCUGAGUGUUAUGCCAUCACCGAAGCCCUAAAACUUAUUCAAAAUUUUCCCCCCAACAAUUACUUAAUUGUCUCAGAUUCUAUGUCGUGCCUCCAAGCCUUAAAUUCAAACCCAUUUAACUCUCACCUGUCUCCACUUAUUCUUCGCAUCAAAUCCCUUAUUUUUACAUUAAAUCAAACUAACUAUAACAUCCACUUUCUUUGGGUUCCUAGUCAUACAGGCAUACAUGGUAAUGAAGUUGCAGACCACCUUGCUAAAUCUUCAUCCAAUCUCAUCUUUCCUUCUAUUUCUCAACUCCCCCAUUCUGACUUCACAUCGCUUAUAAAACAAUACUCUACUAAUAUUUGGUUCUCUCUCUGGAACAAUCUACCUGCCGAAUUCGCCUCAAGAUACAGAAAUAUUACACCAAAUAUCCUAAAAACAACCUGGUUCAAUAACUUAUACUUACAUAGACCAUAUAUAGUACAAUUUAAUAGGCUACGCAUAGGACAUCACCUUCUUCCUAGUCACUCCUUCAAACUUGGCCUUAAUGAUUCUCCGUUCUGUACUCUUCACUUAAAUGAAUGCAUUUGUGACUUAUCCCAUAUUCUACUCGACUGCCCUGCACUUCAACUCAAUCGCAUUAUUUUAAUUAAUGAACUUAAGACUCUUAAUAUCCCCUUAAAUAUCCACUCCAUACUUAACACAAAAUCCACUAUCGCCAUCAAAUUAAUAAUUUCCUUUAUAUUGGAUGCUGGCUUCAUUAUUUAAUAUGUACACUAAUGUUUAAUGUAUAAUAUUGUUUUAUUUAUAAUCUCUGUAAAUGUCGAGCUAUCAUAGUUGUAUACUAA